GAGUGAGAGUGUGUGUUGGAGAAUGCUGACUUACAGGUAAUGGUGAUAGGUGUGUGAGGGCGUGUGCACAAGUUUGUGUGCAUUGCAGCUGAGCCGUUGCCAGAGGAACUGAUUUAUGAAAGAGAGAGAGAGAAAAGUUGAGAGAGAGAAGAAGCAAAAAGGAAGAAAGAGAGAGAGAGAGUGCAGACUUGCAGGGUCUUGUUGUUUUCUUGUUGUUUGAGAAAUAGACAGAGAGAGAGAAAGAGAGAGAGAUACAGUGACCUUAGCUCUUUUUUGCAUAGUCUAUUAAUUAGAAGCAUUGAAAGUAAAAGAGGAGAAAAAGAGAGAAAGAAAGAAAGAAAGAGAGAGAGAGAGAUAGUGCCGACAUUGCAGGGUCUUGUUGUUUGUAAAAAUAGACAGAGAGAGAGAGAAAUACAGUGACCUUAGCUCUUAGUUCUGCAUAGUCCAUUAAUUAGUAGCAUUUAGAGUAAAGGAGGAGAAAGAGAGAUAGAGAGAGAGAAAGAGAGAGAGAAAGGGGCAGAUCUGCAGGCUGUAGUUGAGUGUAAUUGCUGCCUCAGUGCUGUCAGUCGCAGGCAGUGCCAGGCUGCAGCAGUGACAGGGCAGCAGCAGUAUCUGCAGUGGGUUAUUGGUGGGGUUUUGGACCAUGCUGGUUCUGGCUGCUCUCCUGCUGGGCCUGCUGGCUCACACACUCCACGCCUCCCAUCCAGAACGGCACCAGUGUGAGGAGAACUUCUACAAACACACUCUACCGCGGCACAUCGUCCACUCGGGCCUGGAGAAGUGGUGCCACGGUCCGGCCGGGCGCUCCUACACCUCCCUGUACCACACCGAGUGCCAGGCCAGCGUUUACACUGCCUUCCAUCUGAGCCACAGCAACGGAUGGGGUAAAGGAACCUCAGAGAAGGAUGAAACCUGGAAUGGUGAAGACUCCAGCGUGUUCAUCCCAUCUCUCUACAAACGGAACCGGGAAAUACUUCCGACAUCCGACAGCCUCUCCCCUCUCCAGAAAGUGGACACCCUCACUGCAGAGCUGGUGGAGAGCCAGAUCAUCCCUCUCUGCUCUAAAGGAGGGGGUGAGGUUUACGUCCAGAGCGGGGUGGGGGCGCUGAACCGGUGUGAGGCAGGGCUGCUGUGGACAGCAGUGUGUUGCUCUGCACCAGACGGAGCCGCCAGCUUUAGCAUGGGAAUGGUUCUGGAAGGAGGCGACGACGUGAAGGUUGUGAGUGUGGAGGAGCUGGAGAAGCUGGUGGGGAUUGGGGAGCUGUUUUUGGGAGGGUGUGGUCAGGGAGUGAAGAGUCGUGAGGAGAUGAUGUCCAUCUCCAAAGAAGGGAUGGAGAACGUACAAGAGGCGGAGGUGACUGAUGAGACAAAGAUAUACAGGGAUAGUAGAUUGGAAUCACUGAACAAUGAAGUAAAAGAAGAGGUAUCGAGCUAUACAACGCAAAAAUCUGAAACCAGCUCUGAUCCUUUAGAGCAAGAACCCGAAACCAGCUCUAAAUCUCUAAAUCAAGAACCCGAAACCAGCUCUAAAUCUCUAAAUCAAGAACCCGAAACCAGCUCUAAACCUCUAAAUCAGGCAUCUGAAACAAGCUCUAUUGAAGAAACCUCAAUCGAGCAAAGCUUGAGCGAGAAAAGUACUUUUACAAACGACACCGAACCCUCAGAAAGUGUCUUGCUCUACAUCCUGUCCUCCUCCUUUUCUCUCCUUUAUGCUCCUCUGUCACCAAUCGUCUCCACCUUGACCAACCUCCCCUCUCAGAUCACGUACGUCCUGCAAGAGGACGCAGCCGUACUCACAGCCCUGCCCGGGGACACCCUUACUCUGGGUAGGGACAUCGUUUGCGGUGUGGCCUCUGGAGUGGAGAAUGUGUGGGACGUCCUGUAUCAAGUUGUCGAGACUGGGGUGGGAUCAACCUACUUCUGCCUCAAGACGUUAACGGGUACCCUGCUGAUGUCCUGCCAGGAAGGGGUGACGGGUACCGGCACGCUCGUGUCCGAUGCUCUGGGGCUGGCGACUGGAACGACUGGACAAGUCUUGGGGACGGGGUCGUCUCUGGUGGGGUCGGCAGGAUGUGGUCUGGUUGGGUACCUGGGCACUUUAGGCUGGGAGAUGGGUCACCAAGUGAAAAAGGCGGGAAGAGGGAUUGGAGUUCUUCUGUGGAGAAGCCAGAAAGGACUCGGUCACCUGCUAAGAACGGCGGGCGCCGUCGCAAAAGGAGUGUUGGACAAUGCCGUGGAAAACGUGCAGGAAGCUUUUGAAGGGACGGAAAAUGUGGACGAAGCUGUGCAGGAAGCUUCCGCAGGAGCAGAAAGCGUGGUGGAGACUGUGCAGGAGGUUUCCAGUGUGGUGGAGAAUGCGGACCAAUCUGUUGAAGAAAAGGUGCAGCAGGAAGGCGCCACAAAAAAGUGAGAUAUACUAGUGCAUCUCAAAUGCACUAAAAUUAGAAUAUCAUUAAAAAAAGUUGUUUUUUAUUUCAGUAAUUCAGUUUUUUUUAAAUGUGAAACUCAUAUAUUAUAUUAUAUAGAUGUAUUAUUACACACACAGAGUGAUCUAUUUUAAGUGUCUAUUUCUUUUGUCGUUGAUGAAUGAUUAUGGCUUACAGCCAAUGAAAACCCAAAAAUGAAUUGGUACUUGAAUUGGCAAUGUGUGCAGUGUGCCCACUGGAAAUCCUGCUGGAAAAUGAAAUCUGCAUCUCCAUAAAAGUUGUCAUCAGCAGAGGGAAGCAUUAAGUGCUGUAAGAUUUUGCUGGGAAACAAAACUGCACUGACCGGGAAUUACUGAAAUAAAUCACCUUUUUAAUGAUAUUUAAAUUUUUGGAGUUGCAAUAGAAGAUCAUCCUAUGAAAAGACAAGCAGAAUGUGAACAACAGUUUUUCAGUUUUUGGUCUUUGGAAGGAAAAUGCUGGAAAAUAACCAACAUCAGUCUCUAGUUCAAAUGGGUUUAAUCCACGCUCUACCUAUUAAUGUAUUUUUUUACGUAAUUAAUGUUGCUAGGUCAGGAGUGGUAGGAAUAAUGGGGUAUUUUCUAGGGAAUAGGAUCUACAGCUCUGGAAAAAAUGAAGAGAGUUUCUCUGAUUUUGCUAUUUAUAGGUUUAUGUUUGAGUAAAAUGAACAUUGUUGUUUUAUUCUAUAAACUACAGACAACAUGCAGAAAGAUGCAGAGCUUUCAGACCUCAAAACAAGUUCAUGUUCAUAAAGUUUUAAGAGUUUAAAGACUUCAGAAAUUAAUAUUUGGUUGAACAACCCUUGUUUUUAAUGACAGUUUUUGUUCAUGCAUCUUGGCAUCAUGUUCUCCUCCACCAGUCUUACACACUGCUUUUGGAUAACUUUAUGCUGCUUUACUCCUGGUCCAAAAAUUUAAGCAGUUCAGUUUGGUGGUUUGAUGGUUUGUGAUCAUCCAUCUUCCUC